GCUUUCCGACAGUGGUGUAGCUCUGACGUAUUGGUGAGGCAAGACUCGAGGAUAGCUUGGGAUAGCUUGAGGAUAGCUGUUUUGGUGUUGUGCCUGUUGUUGUUGUUUGUUGUCCGACGAGUCGUGCGUGCUUGGUUCGCCCGAUUCCGUGCGUUCUCUUUCGCCCCAACCGUUCAAGAAAAGUUGAAGAAAUAAGGGGUAGUGAUGGAUGAUCGACAGUAUAUGAUGCGUUACUGAUCGGCGGUGGUAUGCCGGUGUGGAAGGACGCGCGUGCACGAAAACCUGUGUCGAGUUUUAUGUCGAGUUGGAGGGUCCAACAAAAGUUGAAGAGGCGAAUGGGCCUGUUUUUAUACAACUUCUUCUUCGGAAGCGACUGUCAAUUUCGUCGGGCAGCGACUGAGCAACCAGAUGCUGGCGACUGCUGCUUGUUGUGCUGUGCUGAUGGUGUGGUCGGUGUGUGUGUGUGUGUGGUUCGCUUCGACUCGAACCUCCACUUCAAUGCGCUUCGGUUCGCCUGGUUGGGUGGUACAGGAGCUUCGCGGUUUAUAAUGGAAAUUCCGUCAAGCUGUCGCCACCCUUCUUUUUCUGGAACCCACAAUCUUUUUUGGAAGGUCUGGAGGGGCUCAGAAGCAAAUUGGGAGAUUUCGUUCGAUUCGGAUGGAGAGUGGUUAUGUACUGGGAAUUGGAUGUAUGUCGGUAAAAGAGAUUCCCUCGAGUGCCCUGAUUAGGUCUGGAUGGUGGUGGGGCCCUAUGAUGUUGGAUGUGUGGUAUUGCGACUGUGACCUCGACGGUGCCUGUUGCUUCUGUUGUUCUAGAGGUACCCAACUUGUAUAUGUAGAGUUAUUUGCUCUCAGGUCAGUGGACGAUAUUACGUUGGGAGGGAGGAAUGGAA